AAUCAUCAUCACCAUAAUCUAUUAUCAUUCACAUUCACAUACAACACCAUCACCUCCCAUCACUCUCACACCAAAACUAUACUCUUUCUAGCCAUCCCAUUUCCUUACCCUUUCAUUUUUAAUUUUUAAUUUUAUAUUAUUUAUUUAAAAAAAACACAAAUGGCUAGCAGUAGCACUCCCCUUUCUCUUCAUCAUUCCCUUUUUUUACUUUCCCAUUUUACCCCUACAAUCAUCUUAUAUUUUCUAAUCACCAUCACCACCACCACCGCCGCCGUCAACAUCACCAGCCUCUUAUCCCCAUACCCAGAUCUCUCAGAUUUCUCAUCGCUCUUAACAACCACCAACGUCGCCGCCGACAUCACUGACCGUACCUCCCUAACUCUCCUCGCCGUCCCUAACUCCAUCCUCCGUUCCUCCCCUCUCCUCCACCGUUCCCCAUCUUCCAUCGCUGACGUCAUCCGCUACCAUGUCUUGCUACAAUACCUCUCCCUCCACGACCUCCGCCGCUUCCCACCGUCCGGCAAACUCAUCACCACCUUAUUCCAAACCACCGGCCGGGCAACAAACAACUUCGGUUAUGUCAAUAUUACUAAUAACCAUUUUACAAAUAUCACAACUGUGACGUCACCAGUCGCAUAUUCACAGCCACCAAAUAACGCCACGAUUAUUUCAUUAAUAUUAAAUUCUCCAUAUAAUGUAAGUAUAUAUACUGUCACUUCAUUAAUCAUACCCUAUGGUUUCGAUCUAUUAGCCUCAGAAACCCGGCCGCCUUUAGGGUUAAAUAUAAGUAAAGCUUUAAUAGAUGGACAUAAUUUCAAUGUGGCGGCUGCUAUGUUAACUGCAUCCGGAGUCGUGUCGGAAUUUGAGUCCGAUGAAGGAGGUGCUGGAAUAACGUUGUUUGUACCUACUGAUGAUGCAUUUGCUGAUCUGCCGGUAACGGCUAACUUUCAGUCGUUACCGGCAGAUAAAAAAGCGGAUGUUUUACGCUUUCAUGUUUUACAUUCAUAUUAUCCUCUUGGGUCUUUGCAAUCAAUAGUUAAUCCUGUACAGCCCACUUUAGCUACUGAGGAUAAAGGGGCGGGUAGUUUUACAUUAAAUAUAUCCCGUGUGAAUGGCUCUGUGGCUAUAAAUACAGGAAUUAUUAUAGCUUCGGUUACUCAAACGGUUUUCGAUCAAAACCCUGUUGCGAUUUUUGGGAUUUCUAGGGUUUUAUUACCUAAAGAGAUUUUUGGGAAAAAUGCACAAGUUCUUCAAAAUGCACCUCCAAUUAGUGGGGCACCGUCGCCGGUUAUGCAAGCGGCGUUGUAUGGACCGGCCGCGGCGCCACGAGAGGAUAUCAACUCGGCCGCGGCGGUGAAUGUACGGUUUGUUGUUUUAUUUUGUAUAGGAUUGUUGUAUGUAUCAUUUGUAUGAGUUUUUGGUUUCAUUUUUACUUAUAAUUUAAUUACUCUAUAAAUUAUUGAAUGGAAAAGGAAAAAAGUUUCUUUUUCUUAUUUUGAUGAAA